AUGAAUGGGCGUACGACGAAAAAGCGGCGGCAAGUAGCGGCCAUUCCAAGCGACGACGACGUCGCAAACGAACUGGCUCAUCGAUGGGGUUGGUCGAGACCUUCACAGUCGGUCAUUUAUGAAGUGACGUGUGGAGGGAGAGUAACGGUAAUGAGCACAUUCAGCCAAGGUCAGCCGUAUUCAUCUGGAGGUGAAGUUUUGGGCAGAAAAACGAACGUUGUGGCGCAAAUUGUCGCCUCAAAAUUGCGAGUUGUGAUAUGUAUGUGGGAACGAGGAACGACAUACAGUGGUUUGCCUGCAGUAGGUUUCAAGCAGAGCAAGCACAGAACGAUCGUUUUAGGAAUGUCACAAGAAAACUUUACGACGUAG